UCGAAUUUUCGCCAAUAAUUUUGCCUAUUUUUUACCUCUAUAUAUAUCGAAGUUUUCUUAUAAUUACCUCAACAUAUCGAAGUUUCAGUUUAUCAACGAAACGAACUUUAGUACUGUAUUGUCGUGUUGUGCAAACGAACAACCAUCAAAGUAGAGUAGGUACCGUAUUUUUCAUGUCGAGACUUGAAACCCCCACCACCGACACUCCUUUGUUUUCUGUAGACGCCAGUGGUGGAUCACCACUCCACCCUCAGUUUAAUUUGGACGUUACCGCGAUUAGUGCGAGUUGAGGUUAUCUUAGUGAAUUAUUGUGCGUGGCAGAUUUUCAACUGUGACACUGUUUUGUUUAAAAGUGCGAUGGCAAAACGGAAAACUUUAUCUUAUCAAGAUAAAGUUAAACUUAUAGAGACUGUGGACGCCGGGAAUAAGAAAAAAAGUGACAUUGCAAAGGAGUUUGGUAUACCAGCGAAUACUCUCUCGACCAUAUUGAAAAAUAGAGAAAAAUAUGAACGCCAAGGAACUUCGUGCAAGAGAAUAAAAGGACCCGAAUUCAAGGACGUAGAUGAAAGUGUUUAUCAGUGGUUAAAACAGUGCCGUGAUAAAAACCUUCCUGUAAGUGGCCCAAUUUUAAAAGAAAAAGCAGCACAGUUUGCUGCGCAAUUAAAUAAACCUGACUUUCGAGCAAGCAACGGUUGGCUCCAAAACUUUAAAAAAAGAAAUGAAGUGAUUUUCAAAAAGGUGACUGGCGAAAGUGCGAGUGUCGAUGACAAUGUUUGCACAGAAUGGUCGCAAAAACUGCCUGAUCUUGUCAAGGGAUACAAACCUGACGAUAUUUUUAAUGCCGACGAAACAGGUCUUUUUUACCAGUGUCUUCCUGACAAAACUUUAACUUUUAAAGGUGACACUUGCCACGGAGGUAAGAAUAGUAAACAAAGAGUUACAUUGCUGCUUGGAACAAAUCAAAUUGGCACCGUGAAGCUUAAACCAUUGAUGAUAGGAAAAUCUAAAAAUCCAAGGUGUUUCAAAGGGGUUCAAAGCUUUCCAAUGGACUACACAUCAAACAAAAAGUCAUGGAUGAACUCAGGGGUUUUUGAGAAAUGGCUAACGGACUUGGACAGACAAAUGAAGAAAAAGAAGAAAAAAAUACUCUUGUUUAUUGACAACGCUACUGCUCACGGUGACAUCCCAAAAAUGAAAAACGUAAAAAUCGAGUUCUUACCUCCAAACACCACAUCCAAGCUACAGCCAUUGGAUCAAGGAAUAAUUAAGAACUUUAAAGUUCAUUACCGGAAGGAAGUUGUACGCCUCUUCCUUCGUGACCUCGAGGACAAGAACCCUACAAAAAUAAGCAUACUUGAUGCAAUGUGGAUGGCUUCUAAGGCGUGGAACAAUGUUACCGAAAAUACUAUAAAGAACUGCUUCAAGAAAAGUGGCUUUAAACAGCAAGUUGACGAAGAAGAGGAAAGUGUUGUAGAAGACUGUUAAAUUGUUGAAACGGAUAACGGUGAACUUGCUAGUCCUGUACUGUGGAGACAAGUGACUCAGGCCCUUACUUUGCAAGGGCUGUCUUUCGAAGACUUUGUGGCCGUCGAUGACGAGCUUGCUACUUGCGACCAAUUAAGCGAUGCAGACAUUAUUGCAUCCGUUUCCAAGGACACGAGUGUAGAAGACAGUGUAGUCGAGGACGGCGAGGAUGAUGACGACAACGAAGUCGAAACGCCUGACCCCACCCUUCGCGAUGCCCGGUGUGCCAUCAACACGUUGCGAAGUUUCCUCCAAAAGAAGACGUCUAUGGAUGACAAAAUAAUCCAGUCUUUAUCCAUUUUAGACGACGCGUUGGACAAAGUGACUUUCACAGGUAGACAAACUACAAUUUCAGAUUUUUUUUAAUAACAGUAAAUAAGUUUUGCAAACUCUUUAUAA